AUGCCGAACACUGCGCUUCCCGCUCAGGAGACCCCGUCCUCCAUUCAGCAAUUCGGCGAUCCAAACAGAGAUCAGAGUGCAGAAUAUUCUUCGGAUUCUGACAAUGAUCACAUCAGACUCAAUGGCUCCACAACAGCGUUGAAGCGAAAACGGCCCCUCACUGUCUCAUGUGAACUAUGCAAGCAGCGAAAGGUAAAAUGUGACCGAGUCCAACCGAGUUGUGGCUGGUGCACCCGAAAUGGCCAGCUGUGUGAAUAUAAAGAACGGAAGAAGCCAGGGCUGAGAGCUGGCUAUGGCAAGGAAUUGGAACAGCGACUUGGUAAGUUGCUCUACAGUCCUCUCGUCGUCAACUUGUUAUCUCACCCGUACUCUAGAUAG